GGUACGAGUGGCAGGCGGCGGCGAUGUAUAAGAACCAGCUCCAGGAGCUGGCGCAGCGGAGCUGCUUCAACCUGCCGGCGUACACGUGCCUGCGGGAGGGGCCGGACCACGCCCCGCGGUUCAAGGCGGCGGUGAGCUUCAACGGGGAGCAGUUCGAGAGCCCCGGGUUCUUCACCACGCUCCGCCAGGCCGAGCAUGCCGCCGCCGAGGUCGCCCUCGCCGCGCUCGCCCGGCGCGGCCCCUCCUACUCCCUAGCCGCCCGCAUCCUGGAUGAAACAGGGGUUUACAAAAACCUUCUGCAGGAAGUUGCUCAGAGAGUGGGGGCACCGCUGCCAUCAUAUACAACAGAGCGGUCUGGCCUUGGUCAUCUGCCAGUUUUCACAUGCACAGUAGAGUUAGCCGGGAUCACAUUUACAGGUGAUCAUGCUAAGAAUAAGAAACAAGCUGAAAAGAAUGCUGCUUCGGCAGCCUGGUCUUCACUCAAACAAUUGGCACGAGAGGAAGCCAAUUCAACCAAUGAAUCAGAUAACAAUGAUGAGCAGGAGCAGAUCAGGAUUGCCCGAGCUCUUCUCAACUAUCGCCUGAAGGAAAAGAUCGCUAUGGCCAAUAAUCCCUAUGCUUCACCAUUUCCCAAGAAAUUCCCCAUGCAACCAGAGAGGAAGCCUUGUUUUGCUCAAUCCUCUCAGUCUAGUUACUCGAAGAUACUUCCUCUAUUCCGGCCAAAGUCUACUUCGAAAUCCAGACCAGAGUCACCAGCAGUGACCGAUGGAGCAUCACAAUCACCUUUCUGGCCGAUGGAAAGCUCUAAUUCAAGGCCAAGGUUUCCGGCAGCACAGGCAGCUCCUUAUGUCCCAGUUGGGCACUACCGUAUGCCUUGCCAUAGCAUGGCUCCUCCAGUCACAGUCAGGAGCUCUAUCCCUGUCUUCUCUGCUCCACCUCUCCCACCUCCAAGUGGACGCACACAGCAGCUUCCUCCCCUGCUGAGCAACCCGCCGCCGAUUCGGAUGGCAUCCCCGGUUCGCAUGAGGCCAGCUUCUCCACUCUUUGCUCCCCCUUCGGGUCCAGUUCAGCGUCCGAGACCUGUGAUGUCUGUUCAGCUGAGGGAUGUGCAACAGAAACCAUCACCUGUGAUCCCUGUUCAGGUAAAGGAUGCUCAACACCAACUGUUUAAGGGAUCGGCGUUGUCUGCGUUUCCCGUUCAGAUGAAGGAUGUGCAGCCCCAACCAGCAAAGGAACCACUGUCACUUGGUAAGGGCGCACCACCUGCAGUUUCAUUGCCAGCAACAACAAGGCCUCCGGUUAAGAUCGAGGCUCCAGUUCAAGUGAAGGCCGCUUCACAGGUAGUCGCCACUGAAGUCCCAUCCCCUGCUGCUGCUGCUGCUGCUUCUACCGUGGCUGCUGAACGCGCGACCUCAGCAGACCUUCUCCCAGCAAGCCAGUCGACGGCUGCCGAUGCUGACAACGGUGAAGUGGAUGUAGCUGAAGCUGAAGCACUGGAGGACAUCAUCAAGCAUCUCGAGAUAAAAUGAGUCUCCUUCUCUCAGAUUUUGUAAUUAGCUGCCUCCUGUGCACAUUCCUUUCUCUUUAGUUUUGCAAUGCGUCGGUUCAGAUUAGAGGCUCCUGGGCAAGCUGCAUUCUGGUAGGGACGCCGUAGCUUUUUGUUCAGAAACAAAUGAUGCAGUGGUUAGGUAGUUUGCCCGGUUGCUUGGAGAUGGUUAUAGAAGUACUUCCCUGGAUAUGGCAGUUGGUGGUUGGACACCCCCAAUGAUGAGGUGGAUUCUGUGUGCCUCUAGGGAAGGAUUAUGAGGUGGCAAUUACAUCAUAAAUUUGGUAAUUAUUACUGUCGA